CAGGGUCAAUGAGCGCACAGAUGCCAAGAGGCAAGGAAAAGCCAAAAGAACUGCUCAGCGCACUCCAGUAACAGCAUCUUUAUUGCUAUCCCGACUUUCUAAAGGGUUACCAUGGAUGAGACAGAGCUGAGAAAAAUGUCCACUGGACACAUCUUCGGUGCGUUUGCUGUAGUGCUGUCCGUAUGUGUUCCAGUUCUCUCUGUAGAUGGCUUUUCCUUCCUGGGAACACACCUGAGCUGGCUGUGUAUCUGUUCCUUGUGUGUCAUACUUGUCAAUAUCCUCUUGCUUCUGUUGUUGAAACCAAAUGCUUCCUCCAAAAAGACUUCUCUUUCAAACAAGCUGAGCAAGCUCACAAAGUCCUGCAUCUACUUUGUGAUUUCCUGCUUUCUCUUUCAUGGAAUCAUAGUCUUGUAUGGUGCACCUCUUGUUGAGAGCGUGGCAGAGACCUUUCUAUUUGCUGUUCUGUUAUCCUCUUUCACUACCUCGCGCUGCCUGUGUCUACUAGGACCAAACUUUUCUGCCUGGGUCAGAGUUUUUAGUAAAGAUGGGGCAUUGUCUGUCUGGGAUCACAGCCUUCAGAUUACUACUGUAUGCAGUGUUGUGGGCGCCUGGCUUGGGGCAUUCCCUAUACCAUUAGACUGGGACAGGCCAUGGCAGGUCUGGCCAAUAUCCUGCUCACUGGGUGCUACCCUUGGGUAUGUGGCUGGUCUUCUCAUAGCACCUCUGUGGAUCUACUGUAACCGGAAGCGGCUCACCUACAAAAGCAGAUAGCAAGAACUGUAAAGAACUGAAUAGAUACUACUCAAAAGACUGUAGAAAUCUGAGCCAUGGUUCCAAUUCCUCGCGUUUACCCGGUGUUACUGGGUGGCACAGUUCCUGCUUGAAUCAAUAUAAACCCUGAGAAAUUGUACAUUUUCUUCAACAGAGGACUGGCCAGUGUUCUUCUCCACUUUGGAACCCAUUGUGUUUGAAAAGUAGGUCAAUAAAAAUCCUUUUGCCAUGGUGUUA